AUGAGGAAGGCGGCUGCUGCGGCGGUCGCGGCGGCGGCGGCGCUGGGGGUGGCGCUGCUGGUGCGGCGCCAGGUGCGGGAGGCCAAGCGCUGGGCCCGCGCCGCGGCGGUGCUGCGGGGCCUGGAGGAGCGCUGCGCGGCGCCGCCCGCGCGGCUGCGGCAGGUGGCGGACGCGGUGGCCGUGGAGAUGCACGCCGGGCUGGCCUCCGACGGCGGCAGCAAGCUCGGGAUGAUCAUGAGCUACGUCGACUCCCUCCCCUCAGGGCAAGAGAAGGGGCUAUUUUACGCACUUGACCUCGGAGGGACAAAUUUCCGUGUUCUACGUGUUCAGUUAGGAGGCAAGGAAGGGCGGGUUGUGAAGCAAGAAUGUCAAGAGAUUUCAAUCCCGACACGAUUGAUGACCGGGAGUUCACAUGAACUAUUUGAUUUUAUUGCCUCUGCUUUGGCAAAGUUUGUUGCCUCAGAGGGUGAAGACUUCCAUCUUCCUGAAGGAAGGCAAAGAGAACUUGGAUUUACUUUCUCUUUUCCAGUAAAGCAAUCUUCGAUUGCGUCCGGUACCCUUAUCAAGUGGACCAAGGGUUUUUCUAUCGAUGGAACGGUAGGCGAGGAUGUGGUGGCUGAAUUAAGCAGGGCUCUAGACCGUCAUGGGCUUGAUAUGAAAGUCACGGCAUUGGUAAAUGAUACUAUAGGGACAUUGGCUGGGGGGAGAUAUGAUGACAACGAUGUCAUUGCUGCUGUUAUAUUGGGUACAGGUACUAAUGCAGCAUAUGUGGAACGUGCCAAUGCGAUUCCUAAAUGGCAUGGACUUCUGCCCAAGUCAGGAGAUAUGGUAAUAAAUAUGGAAUGGGGGAACUUCAGGUCAUCCCAUCUUCCUUUGACUGAAUUUGAUCAAGCAUUAGAUGCAGAAAGCCUGAAUCCUGGUGAACAGAUUUAUGAAAAGCUGAUCUCUGGUAUGUAUUUGGGAGAAAUUGUAAGAAGAGUCCUGUUAAAGAUGACUCAAGAGGCUUCUCUCUUUGGUGAUGAUAUACCACCAAAUCUAAAGAUUCCAUUUAUUCUUACGACACCACAUAUGUCGACGAUGCAUCAUGACAGAUCACCUGAUCUCAGAACAGUUGGAGCCAAACUGAGAGACAUCCUAGGGAUCCAAAGCACCUCACUCAAAGCAAGGCGGCUAGUCGUGGCCGUAUGCGACAUCGUCGCAAAGCGUGGUGCAUGCCUCGCUGCUGCAGGGAUACUCGGGAUCCUGAAAAAGCUUGGACGAGACGUCCCAGGCAGCGACAAGCAGAGGACGGUGAUCGCCGUGGACGGCGGGCUCUACGAGCACUACACGGUCUUCGGCGAAACCCUGGAGAGCACCCUGCGGGACAUGCUAGGGGAGGAAGUGUCAUCCUCCGUCGUCAUCAAGCUCGCGAACGAUGGGUCGGGUAUCGGGGCUGCGCUCCUCGCCGCUGCUCAUUCUCAGUACCUCGAGGCUGAGGAGCCAUAG